UUACCCCUCUCUCCCACACCCUCAGACACAUUCCCUAUCCCUGCAUUAUCGUGGCUGGUAUUUUUUUGUCAUUGAACUAAACCCUAAAAGCUACUGUUAUCCAAUGUGCAAUGGUUCUCUCCUAGAGAAACCGAGUUAAAAAGUUGCAAUCUUUGUACUGUUUGGUAGAAUACCCUCCAUGGAGAAGUACUUAUUUUCAUAAGAAUAUGAAGCUUUUUCAAGCCCCUCCCAAUUCCCACUCAAUCAUGAGCUUCUGUUGUUCUUGUUAAUCUUAAACCCUUUAAUCGUCUUUCUGUUUCGGCCAACGAAAUCAGCUUUCGCAACUCAAGGUCUCUUUCAGGUGCAAAACAAAGGGAAAUUCCAUUUGAAGAUAGACCUUCUAAAAAGGAAGAUUACAAUGAUUGAAAAAUAAAUCACCAUAUUUUUUUUUUUGUUGCAUAUUGAACUGGGUUUUAGGGGUUUGAUAAAAAUGCUGGAAUUGGCUUCUUGGAUUUAUUUUAAGGCUAUUACUUUGAUAGAAGAAUCUGCUGCAUACCCUGUUUAUUCAGUGCAACUUUUUGCUCUUCUUUUGAUGAAAGGAUAAUUGACUAACAAGACUCAAAUGUGCUGAACUCCUUGAGAGGGGGUGACAAAAGGAUAUCUCCUUAGUUGAUGUUUCCUUCUGACAGCCUUCAAAUGGUCUUUCGGCUGAAGAAAGGGAACAGCCACGUUUUCUUUGCAAUGACCAAGGCAUUCAUAAGUAGAUUUCACAGUAUUCAUCAUAAAGCGUCAAGGCCAUUGUCUCCCAGAAGAAGGUUUGGAGGUGGAUAUUUCAGAACCUUGUCCACCUGUUCACCUUUGAUCUUUUCAACAGACUCUCUCAUUGCCCAUCCCCCCUCAUCACUAGCAUUGGUUGCCUGCAUUACGCAUUCUGAUGCACCCCAACGCUCAGAAGAAUGGUUUGCCCUGAGGAGGGACAAGCUGACCACAAGCACCUUCAGUACUGCCUUGGGUUUUUGGAAGGGAAACCGUCGGUUUGAACUCUGGAAUGAAAAGGUUUUUGCAACUGAGAUACAUUUCGUUGAAGCUGCUAAGAGAGCCAUGCAAUGGGGUGUGCUCAAUGAAGCAGCUGCUAUAGACGGUUAUAAAAGCAUCACUGGCCGUGAAGUUAGUCAUCUAGGAUUUGCAGUCCAUUCAGCGGAACAAUUUGACUGGCUGGGUGCCUCCCCUGAUGGUCUUCUCGAUUGCUCUUCUGGAGGUGGCAUCCUGGAAGUUAAGUGUCCCUAUAACAAGGGGAAGCCACAGGUGGGUUUGCCCUGGUCAGCUAUGCCUUUCUAUUACAUGCCUCAAGUUCAGGGGCAAUUGGAAAUAAUGGAUAGAGAGUGGGCAGAUUUGUAUUGUUGGACACCAAAUGGAAGCACUAUAUUUCGAGUGCAUAGGGACCGUGCUUAUUGGGAGCUAAUACGGGAGAUUUUAUGGGAAUUUUGGUGGGGGAAUGUGAUGCCUGCCAGGGAAGCUUUGUCACUUGGGAGGGAAGAGGAGGCAAAAUCAUAUAGGCCAACACCGACUCACAGACAGACAGGGUUUGUAAUUUUACAGAGCUCAAAGUUAGCUAGUGAAUCCAAGCUGCUGUGUAGGGAGAUUGCUGGUCAUGUGGAAUUUUACAGGUGAUGAAGUCCAAAUUGCACUUUCUCUGUCUGAGUAGGCGUCUUGACCGUGCGUGAAGAUAAAGGGAAGAGAAGCACGGCUAGGAAUUAAGCGAGCACAGUCAAACGGCUUGGUGAUAACAAGUGAUGAAGCAGAUGAUAUCAUUUAGUUUUUGUAUUCCAUUUAUUAUUUUCAUUCAUCCAUCAAUUAGCUGUUGGACUACAUUAUGUAUUUGACUAUUCUUCCUGAACCUGAUUUAUAAUAUACUUCACUUGUGCAA